AUGCCUGCACCACGACGUAGAAGAAUCGGCCACCGCCGCCGAGUCGAGGAUGAAGGCGACGAGGAUGCUCGCACCGAAGUGCUUGAUCUCGAUGACGACUCGUUGACCGAGGGCUCCGUCUCUGACGAGCAUGGUGGCCAGGGUAGCGACACCAGCGACGUCGACGAAGUUUUGCCCCCUUCUCCUCACGCCGCAAAGUCUGCAAAUGGCGCGGCAGGCAAGGGUGCCGCUGCGAGAUCCGCAGGUAGCGCCUCUACAGUCUUGGCGAAUGGAAAGGUCAAGACGGUGUCGGAUACCGAACUCAUGCUGCACGGCCUGUCCAUCGACGACAAAAGCGCGGCCUCGCAAGAGAGGCACUUGGACCAUGUCGUCAUAUCCCCCCCUAAAUCGCCUUCGGCCCCUGUCGUUGUUAGCUCGGCGUCAGCCAUGAGACAGCAGUCGGGUUCUCAUGUCGAACGACGGCGUCAAGAACAUGAGGACUAUAAGCGUCGGAGGGAUGAGGAUCCCGCCUUUGUGCCCAACAGAGGCUCCUUCUUCAUGCAUGACCAUCGACACGCUGGUCCUGCCGCGAAUGGCUUCAGACCCUUUGGCCGGGGGCGAGGCAGGGGCGGUCGAUACGGCAUUGGAGGCCCUUUUGCCCCUUUCAGUCACAUGCAUCAUCCCUCUGAUCCAACCACAAACUCCCCAUGGACUCACGACAUGCACGACAUUGUAGCGCAACCUGCCCCUCGCCGGCCACGCCAGAUGCCCGAGGAUGAAGGUCCCCCUAACGGAGAUGGCUUCAUCCCCACAUGCGAGCCGAGCGCAACUCCCAUCAACCGUACACUGUCCACCGAGAGGCACAUUGGCAAUGCGCAAGUUCGGGUCUUCCUACCGGACAUGAGGGCGGCUUCCGUCUUCCCAGGCAUCCCCGUCAAGCAAUACACCAAGUUACCAGACCACCGCCCCCCUCUUCGACGAGAUAAACCCGUCCGAAUCUCCCUGCCAAACCACCCUCCACGAUACAUCUUCCCUGCCUCGGACCGGUCCUUUACAUUCAUUCCCCGGGCUUUGCGUCCCAACCAGCAGCGUAUCCGCGGCAAGCCCAGGUCCACCUGGGGCUCGGUCGGAGGCUUUUCCAGGAGGACCAGUGUGUUCGGUGGUAGUUACUACGGAAGUGCCUACUCCCCCAGCGUCGCUCUCAGCCGACGCUCGUCCAUUGUCAACGACCGCGACUUCAUGUUUUCCCCGACCGGAUCCGGCUUUUCCAGGCCCCCUAUACCCUCCGAUAGCAUGCGGCCGAUUGUUCGACUGCCGCCCAACACUGCUCCCCAGCCUGUGAUGCCCAUCCAGGUGCAGGCCCCUCCGCUCGAGCAGGUGCCCGUACCGAUGCCCGGUCCAGCUUCGGUACCCGCCGCUCAGCUGCCACAGUCGGAGCAGCCGUCAGCGGCCGUCGAUGCGUCAAUCAACGAGCUUCCUCCACCUCAGACACACCCGCUCCCACAAAAGCCCGCCUUGCAGGAGAACCGACCAAGCUCGAUUCCGAUGCACCAGCCUCGCCCGCAGAAGAACAUUUCUGUGGCGGACAUCGAGAGCCCUACCAUGACACAAGGAAACGGCCCUCCAGCCUUCCAGCAGGCUUUUCACCAGCAGGUCCCCUUGCAGGUUGCCAACGGCUACGGCCAAGAAGCGCAUUCACGACGGCCAUCGUAUCAGCAGUCGACCGGUACGCCUCUGUCGCACAUUCCGGAGAGGGCAAUCCAUGCCGCGCCAUUCCAACCCACCACCUAUGGCCAACCACCGUACUACGGUCCGCAAGUAUAUCCAGCUCCAUCACAGCAGGGCUACUACUAUCCUCCUGGUUAUUCCGGCCCGAACAUGGCACCUUCUGCGCCGGGCCCUCUUUACGCCCCCAGUGCUCCAUCCGGCGGUCUACCAAACAGCUACUUGUCCCAAAGUCAGUCGGACCAGCAGCAGCAGCAGCAGCAGCAGCAGCAGCAGCCGCCGCCGCCGCCGCCGUCGCAGGGACUUGGUCACAAUGCUGCAGGUUCCAACCUCGUGGCGCAAGAAGUAAACGGCAUGGUGUACUACUACGAUGCCAGCCAAAUCCCUCCCGUCAGCUCAUACACGCCGUACUCGGCACCGCAAGGUUACCAACACAGUGUCAUGGGCAUGGGAGGGAUGGUGACGCCCAGUCCAGAUGGCUUCUACUAUCCACAACACGCAGCAGGCAUGAUGUAUUAUCCACAGUAG